AACCAGCACAACUCCUCUCACCACCCGUCACCACACACAUCAUUCUCGAAACGACCACCCAUGGCCGCCGCCACAACAGCAGCUGCCGCUACAUCUUCCUUCAUUGGUAUGCGCCUCCCAGAGGUGCAUUCCAAGUCUGGUCGGGUGGUGGCAAGGUUCGGGUUCGGAACAAAAAAGGCUGCACCGAAGAAAAAAUCUGCCAAGCCCACUACAGACCGUCCCCUGUGGUUCCCAGGAGCCAACGCGCCCGAGUACCUUGACGGGACCCUGGUGGGUGAUUAUGGUUUCGACCCAUUUGGAUUGGGAAAACCCGUGGAGUACUUGCAGUUCGACGUUGAUUCGCUGGACCAGAACUUGGCCAAGAACUUGGCGGGUGACAUCAUUGGGACCCGGACGGAGACCGCGGAUGUGAAGUCUACUCCUCUUCAGCCUUACAGCGAGGUUUUUGGGUUGCAGAGAUUUAGGGAAUGCGAGCUGAUUCAUGGAAGGUGGGCCAUGUUGGCUACUCUUGGUGCUCUCGCUGUUGAAUCGCUCACUGGCAUCACAUGGCAAGACGCUGGAAAGGUGGAACUAGUGGAAGGGUCAACCUACUUGGGCCAACCACUCCCAUUUUCCAUAACCACAUUGAUCUGGAUAGAGGUGUUGGUGAUUGGGUACAUUGAGUUCCAAAGGAACGCAGAGCUUGACCCGGAAAAGAGGCUGUACCCAGGAGGCUCAUUCUUCGACCCACUUGGCUUGGCCGCUGACCCAGAGAAGAAGGUCACCCUUCAGACAGCUGAGAUCAAGCACGCCCGCCUUGCCAUGGUUGGUUUCCCGGGCUUUGCGGUCCAAGCUGCUGUUACUGGUAAAGGUCCGCUCCAUAACUGGGCUACGCACUUGAGUGACCCUCUACACACCACCAUUAUUGACAACUUGAGCUCUUAAAAGUGUUUUUUUUUUCACUGAAAGAAAUUGCCCGGCUGUAAUCGUAUUUGUAAUAUCCUUGUAAAAAUCUUUAAGGUUUACUCAAUGACAGUUUCUAAGCGGAAUAUCAUAUUGGCUACUA